AUGUUAGAUGAACUAUAUAAAGCAGAACGUGGAGAGAUGGAAAAGAAACUUCAAGCAAAAGAUGAAGUCAUUGAAUCCAAAGACAAAAGCAUACAGAAAAGAAUACCACGUUCAGUACCAAAAGGAAAGGAAAAGAGUUAUAAGUAUAUGAUUUACGCUGAAGAGUUGGAGAAAGAAGAAGAUAGAGAUAUGGUUAUGUUGCAUUUAGUCAGAAGAAACAACAAAAGCUUUUACGACCUUGCUAAGAUUUACAAAUCUGACAGAAACUGGUUCUAUCGUGAAAACUUACCGAUUUCAAUGACACCGAAUGAGCAAAUAAAGGAAAUUGUCAAAAAUACUCUUCCUCAAACACACUAUGAUAUGAAAGGUUGUACAAUACUUACCUUCAAAGAAGACUUACCGCUACUGAAGGAAAAGAUAACAGAAUAUUUCGACAACUUCAAAGAGGAAGAAUAA